AUGUCUGCUUCUUCGAACUCGCGUUUUCGCAUUCUCUGGGGCUUGCUUCUCACCUGCAGACUGAAUGCCGGCGCAGCAGCAGUUAUCAACACCAGUGACCAGGACCUUGCACAACGCGACAGCACAAACACCUAUGAUAACGCCUACUAUGUUGUGCAGGGGUCCUGGAAAUGUGAUUUUACCCAACUUCGACUUCUCGAUGCAGCCAUCAACGAGGCGGAAGAGCUCGCUCAGAAAACCAUAGAAGUGCUCCAAGUCGAGGGCGCUGAGACGUCCAUUUCAUAUGAUACCUGGUUUGGAUCGAGUAAUGCCAACCCGACAACGAAGGAUACAAUCAUCAAUCAGCACUACAAAACAGUCUUGUCGCAUCUUCCUUAUCCAAACAUUCCUGCGGCUUUUCGAUGGACCACCCACGCUGAAUUCAAAGCGCCACUCAAUGAGGCACCGCCGACGGACGACUCGAUCGUGUAUGGUUGCCCGCCAGUCGACGAUAGAAUGUGCCAGGAUGGAGUCCUAGCAUCCAAUCUGCGAGCAACAGGGAUGAAAUCAGACGGAACAACGAAAGAAUUCGGUCCCUUGGUGCUCGUCCUCUGCCCAGCGUUUUUCGAGUUGAAGAACAAUAACGCAGAGAUGAUCAAGGAAUGGCAGAGGACGCUGGGUUUUGGGUCAGGCAACUCCAAAGGCCGCAUCUUGGUUCACGAAGUCCAGCACAUGGCCAAAGGAACGAGCCCCAGCGAGCCUGCUGAGGACUUGUCAGAGCCACUUCCCGACAUAUUCGGCCAUGACACGUGUUAUUCUCCUAGUUGCUGUGCUCGUCUAUCUGACGCUGAUAAGAUGAGAAACGCUCAGAAUUUUGCUUUGUUUACCAUUGACGUUCUUGCAUUCCCGAAUGCUGGCGCACCAGCGUCAUCUGACAGCUGCAGUAACCCCAACCACAAACGACAAGUCCCGGCUCGCUCCCAAGGUCCAACCUGGAAACCUGUGUCGAACUCAACAUUUACCCCUUUGGGGUCCACCUCUACAAAAAGACCCUCUUUCACAAGGAUCCCGUCUUUCUCAUCAAUUCCAUCCUCGUCUACCAACUAUAAGCCUAGCAGCUUUGCCGAGCCCAGCAGCUACAAACCCCGUAGCUCGUCAUUGGAAAAGUCUUUUAGUUCCACAAUUACCAAGCCAACGACCUCACCAACAGCAGCUCCAGUCGACGUAUCGAACGGUGCUGUGCUUGCUGUCGCCGUUGGGAUAGUGGUUGUCGGCGGUGCGGGAGGAGGUUUCAUCACAAUGGGCGGACAAACAGUCGCCAUCGCUGCAGGCCAAACGAUUGUCGUCUCCCAGCAGACUUUUGAGGAACCGGAAGCUGAGAAACCAAAGUCGGAUCAACCUGAGAGGACACAUAUGUCCAUUCAGACAACGCCUUCAGCAAGACCUUCAUCCACCUCCCGUUCGGCUUGGUCUACUACAACUUCCAAUUGCCCUGCCGAGACCUCGAGAGCUUACAAUGGCGACAACUUCAACUGCAGAGACCUUCACGACGCCAAUUCUACUCUCCUUACCGACUUGCUGAGUGGUCUUGAGUUCGGUAAUGGGCCUGUAUACAAUGAAUCGUCCAUCGCAGUGAUCAUUCCGGAGCCUACAUUAUUUCCCACAACUCUCAUGCCUUCCACCACUACGAUUGCGCCUGCUCCGCCUACGACCACUUCCAAACCCGCAACAGUCGAGCCUGUGGCCUGUUAUAACUUUGAUAUCAAUGCCUAUGGCUACUGUUGUCCCGGACCUGGCAAUCCCUGCCAGAAUGAUCUUGGCAAGUGUUAUUUCAACGGAGAGGGUGUCUCUGGUGGAGCCAGUGGAAUUGUGCCCACAGGCGCAAGGUGCCCGCCGCCACCUGGCGCAGAGUACUGCAGAGGUGUGUGUGAAGAGUAG